CUGGUAUUAGGUAAAACUGUCUUCACGUCGAGUAUAAUUAGCCACCUCAAAGAACGAAAGACUUCGGGCAACGAUUCGGCUGAAAAAUUCUCCAUUUCCUAUUUCUAUUUCAAACACGAUCAGCCCAAGUACUCAUUGGUCUUCAUGCUUCUCACCCUACUGUCCCAUCUAGUCUCUCAAGAUAGGAGCUUGCUUGAUCACGUCUACCAGGCUUGCUGUUCCGCCGAGUCACAAGAACUUCGAUUGUUGGAAGAGGUCUCCCAUCAUGUCUCAAUGGUCCUCCAGUCGCAAUCCCGAUGUUUCGUAGUUAUCGAUGGACUAGAUGAAUGUUCAGAAGCGCCCAGAGUCUUAGAGUGGUUUGAAAGUGUCAUUUCCAAAGAGGAUAGCACUUUAGGAGAUACCGAGUUCAAUAUCCGUCUUUUCAUAUCUGGACAGCGAGACGGAAUUUUUGAACAAAGGAGGUCCAACUACACAAGAGUUGAUUUGGACAAAUCCUCCGGGCACGAGCAGGACAUCGAGGAGUUCGCGACGAUCAUGACCACCACAAUUCGAGACAAGUUCUCCUUGGACUUACAAGUUGAGCGGGAAUUCGCUUUGCGUGUUACUUCACAGGCAAAUGGAAUGUUUCUCUACGCACAGCUUGUCCUCAACAAUCUCUUCUCUCAGAUUUUAAAGUAUGACUUGAAGCAAGAGUUGAAAGCUGAAAUGUUUCCUGAGGGGCUUGAACAAGCUGCUGAGAAACCCAACAAAGCCGAUAGUGCCGUCGCGAAGCAAAUUCUUGGAAUGAUUAUUUGUGCUUGUCGACCUCUGCAUUGGAGAGAGAUACAAAGCAAAUAUUAUGUCGAUUCGAGCAGAGGAGACGCCGAUAUCGAUCGUGAAAUUGUGAUGAGCCAUAAGCAAAUAUGCAGCUCUAUAGUGGAAGUCAGCUAUCUCGAGUCAUCGUCAUCAUCGCCAGGGGAAGAGAUUAUUGAUAUCGUCCACAGCUUAGCUAAAGCGUAUUUGGUGCAGACAAAAGAAAUCCAUAUACCAACCGAGAAUGCAAGAAUGGCUCUAUUUUGCGCUAAAUAUAUGAUAUCUCGGCCACUUAUACCCGGACUUUUGAAGUAG